ACCUCUUCCCUUCUCCCUUCACCACUCUCCCAAUCUCUCCUUUGCUCUACAAAAAGCCCCUUUGUCCCAUUGGCCAAGUGGCCACCUUUCCCAAAAGCCUUCAAGGGCCUCUCAGGGGAAGGCCCUGCCUCUGGUGGAGACUCCCUUGCCCCUCCUUGAGCCCUAGGGGCUGAGUUUUAAUGCUCUUUUGUAAAAGUCACUAAGAUGCUAUAGGCAGCAUGCUCUUCUUCUUUCAUAAGCCAUGGUUCUUUUCAUCCUCCAUGUGCAUAAUCUGGUGUCUGGAGGUGUCCAGCUCUCCAGAUUUUUCUCUCUUGGGCCUUUGAUCUCGAUCAUGAAAAAUCAGAGGUCAGCUUGAGGUGGGCCAAGCAAGGAUUUUUUUUUAGGAUACAAAUUCUGCACAAUGAGGCAUUCGGACACCCAAGGGCAUCACUCAGGGUCAACACAAUCUGAGGAAUCAGCCUUGGACAUGGAGAGAAAUUUAUGCAAUCAUUUCCAUUCCUACAGUGCAUCUCCUCUGCAGCCUAUUGCAUCCGGUGGUCAACAUUCUGAAUGUACCGCUGCAUACUUUUCUUGGCCGACCUCUACACUUUUACAUGGUGCUGCUGAAGGUCGAGCUAAUUAUUUUGGGAACCUUCAGAAAGGAGUACUGCCAGCACAUCUUGGCCGGCUUCCUACUGGGCAGCAAGCCACAACACUACUUGACCUAAUGACUAUAAGAGCAUUCCACAGCAAAAUUUUGCGUCGUUAUAGUCUAGGUACAGCAAUAGGCUUUCGUAUCAGAAAAGGAGAACUCACGAGUACCCCUGCAAUUCUUGUAUUUGUUGCUCGGAAAGUUCAUAGAAAAUGGUUAAACCAUGAUCAGUGUCUACCAUCUGCUCUUGAGGGACCAGGCGGUGUAUGGUGCAAUGUGGAUGUUGUGGAAUUCUCUUAUUAUGGUGCACCAGCACCGACACCUAAGGAGCAACUGUACAAUGAGCUUGUUGAUGGUCUACGAGGAAGUGAUCCAUGUAUAGGUUCAGGUUCUCAGGUUGCAAGCCAAGAAACAUAUGGAACUUUAGGUGCUAUCGUGAAAAGUCGAACAGGUAACAAACAAGUUGGUUUCCUAACAAACCGUCACGUUGCAGUUGAUUUGGAUUACCCUAACCAGAAGAUGUUUCAUCCUUUACCACCUAAUCUUGGACCUGGGGUCUAUUUGGGUGCUGUUGAAAGGGCAACAUCUUUUAUCACAGAUGAUGUUUGGUAUGGGAUCUUUGCUGGAACAAACCCAGAAACUUUUGUGCGAGCAGAUGGAGCAUUCAUUCCUUUUGCUGAUGACUUUGAUGUGUCCUGUGUCACCACUACAGUGAAGGGAUUGGGUGAGAUUGGAAAUGUUAAGGUAUUAGAUCUUCAAUCACCGAUUAAUAGCUUAAUUGGGAGACAAGUGGUGAAGGUUGGAAGAAGCUCUGGAUUGACAACUGGCACCGUAAUGGCUUAUGCUCUAGAGUAUAAUGAUGAAAAAGGAAUAUGUUUCUUCACAGAUUUCCUCGUUGUGGGUGAGAACCAACAAACCUUUGAUCUGGAAGGUGAUAGUGGGAGUCUUAUAAUUCUGUCGGGGCAAGAUGGCGAGAAGCCACAGCCUAUAGGCAUCAUUUGGGGUGGGACAGCCAACCGGGGAAGGUUGAAGCUUAAAAGCGGUCAGGGUCCUGAGAAUUGGACAAGUGGAGUUGAUCUGGGUCGUCUUCUUGAUCUUUUGGAACUUGAUCUUAUAACCACAAGAGAAGGACUUCAAGAUGCACUAAGGGAGCAGAGAUAUACUCUAGUAGCAGCAAUUAAUUCCACAGUGGAUGAAUCAUCUCCUGCAGUGUGCACCCUUCCAAACGAAAAGAUGGAUGAGAUAUACGAACCUCUAGGCAUCAACCCACAACAUUUCCCUCCUGAAGGUGCUUCUGUUUCAGAAAUUAAACCUUCUUUUACAGGUGUUGAAUUUCAAGUGGAUACCAUUGAGGUGGCAACCAAUGUUGAAGAGCAUCAGUUCAUCCCAAACUUCAUCAGCAUGUCCCCCAUGCAUCGAAACCAAGAAGACAGCCCCGAAAGGAAGAACCUUUCGGCACUUGUAAACUCAUCCGAUGAAGAUCUUUCUGUUUCUUUAUAUUUAGGGGACCGAGAACAUAAAAGACAGCGUCCUGAUCCAACGCUGAAAAUAGAGUAACCACAGUGUAGCAGAUUUAACCAUGUGGAGCUGAUUAUUUAGCUGUUAUUGGCUCCUGGUAGCAUGUCCAUCUGGGUAUGGAGUUGCAGCAAAUGCAUAUGGACAGAAGAUCUUUAGGCUUUAGAGGGGAACUCGAUUACAAGGCACCAGUCUUUUCUGAGCUCAAGAGAAACUAGAAUCUGCAAUCUUUAAACUAUCUUUAUUUGUGGGUUUGAAAAGUUAUGAAUGCGCAAUGUGCAAGAUUAGUAUCCAACCGCUCAGUGGCCCUGCAGUUUUGCAUGUUCAAAUGAUUUACACAAAGGUUGACCCGGUAAUAGAUGGAACUAUGUCAACAGCAUAUUGCCCUUUUUGUCCUAAGCUCCACUUUGACAUAUUCAUGUAUCAGAAUAUUAUUCCAUAUCAGUAGUAUUUUUCUUUCUUUUCUCAAACA